AUGGACCUAGACGACGUCGAGAAGUUGCUGUUUACGUACCUGAACAUUGAGUCAAUCACCGGCAACGAAGCCCCUCUUGCCAAUGUUGUCGUCAAAGGCCUCGAGAGUAACGGCUGGAUUAUCGAGAAGCAGCCCCUUGACAAUGACAGUUCGAGAUUCAAUAUUCUGGCUACACGCAAGCCUUUAAGUGAAGCAUGCGAGAGGCGGCCGUUGAGCUCACAGGUUUCGCCACCGAGUUGCAAUGCUUUCAGCCUGAUUACGGUCUUGACUUAUGCAUAUCACACAGUCAGAAACACUUCAGCACCUCGAAUUAUAUUCAACACACAUUUCGACACAGUUCCUCCUCAUAUCCCUCCAACGCAGGACGACUCGAACAUUUACGGGCGUGGCACAACUGAUGCGAAAGGACAAAUGGCGUGUAUGAUCUCAGCUGCUCACGCGUUGGUAAAAACUCAUCCCAAAGUUGCUGAACAAGUUGGCCUUCUAUUCGUCGUCGGUGAAGAAACGGAUCAUGUUGGAAUGGCGAAGGCAAACGACUUUGUUGGCCUGAACCCCGACUACUUGGUAGUGGGCGAGCCUACCGAGAUGAAAUUUGCUACAAUACAAAAAGGUGCUCUGAAAGCUGAGAUUCGAUGUAAGGGUAAAGCGGGUCACUCCGGCUAUCCAUCGCAAGGGAAAAGCGCAAUCCAUAUGUUGGUGCCAAUCCUCAGCGACAUUCUCAACUUUCAGUGGCCAAGCGAUCCGGAAAUGGGGUCAACCACCGUCAACAUUGGUUUCAUAGAGGGUGGGCAAGCCCUGAAUGCCUGGGCCGAAAACGCUUCAGCGAGGGUCUUCCUACGUGUCACAACUUCUGUUGCCGACGCUAAACAGAAGCUCGAAUCUGUGGUGGCAGGUGGGUGUCGUAGUAAAUAUCUAUUCGGUGCAGGAUCUAUCAAAAAUGCUCAUGGACCUAACGAGUUCGUGCCCAAACAGGAAUUGCAUGGUUGUAAAGAUACCUUAAUUCAGUUGGUUCUGAAGCUUUGUGCAGAGUGA